AUGUCCAUUAACCAAUUGAUAACUUGUAAUCGUGAAGGUUAUCGGGAGUCUCGAGUGAAGGCAGCAUCUCGGGUAAAGAAAAUAACAACCACGAGAUGCAGAGCAAGGAUGUACGUGAUGUUUAAUAAGCAGAAGGAUCAUUGGAUGGUGUCGAAAUUAGAAUUAAAGCAUACCCAUCCGUGUUCUGCUAAGCAAUCGGUUCAUUACCACGAGUACAGAGAACUGACCAUGCAUGCCAAGUGUGUGAUUGAGAAAAACGAUGAGGUUGACAUACAACCCAAUAAAACCUACCUCACACUGGCGAACGAGGUUGGUGGGUCGUCGAAUUUAGGUUACUCAGAAAAAGAUGUGAGGAAUUACAUUACAAACAAUCUGCGCUGUGCUGACGAAAAUACGGAUGUUAAGGAAAUGUUGAGCUAUUUCUUGCGAAUGAAAGAGAUUAACCCGAAUUUCUUUUAUGCAGUAGAUGUCGAUGCUGCUAACAAGUUUAGGAGUGUGCCCUGGGUAGAUGCGAGGUGCAGGGCGUCCUACAAAUAUUAUAGAGACGUGGUGUCGUUUUAUAUAACAUACAGUAGAAACAAGUAUGUGUGUGUUUGUGUCUCUAGUGAAAGGUUUCUUAUUUUGACAUUAUCGUGA